UGUCCGCUGGUGUGUUCUGUACAGCAACAGUUUCCUUUUAACACUGAGAGGAGCGUCAAGCGGGGAAGAACAAGUCGCCGCGUUUUUUCCUUCUUUAUUUUAAAAUGGAAGUUUAGGACAAGGGGAAUAUUUCCGCAGGGACACGGCUCUACACCGCGACUGACAGCAGAGAAACGUUAUCCCCAGCCGGCUGAGGAAAAGCCAUGGCCAUUAUAACCUGCCGAGUGCAGUAUUUGGAGGACUCGGACCCUUUCGUCUGUACCAACUUCCCGGAGCCACGGAGACCGCCGCCCUAUGAUCUGGACGAAAACAUCGCCUUGAUUGAGCAGAUAGCCGGGGUUCACAAACUCCUGGAGGCACCGCUGAAGUUGGAGGAGUGUGCUCUGCAGAUGGCCCCCAAUGGGAACUACCUGGACCUGGACCUGUCUCUGGGGGAGCAGAAAGAUGAUGUGGAACAGCUCUAUGACGACGUGGGUAGAGGGAAGAAGCCCAUCUUGAUCCUGAGAACUCAGCUGUCUGUCAGAGUCCACUCCAUUCUAGAGAAGCUGUACAACUCUCAUGGACCUGAACUCCGGAGGUCCCUGUUCUCCCUCAAGCAGCUCUUCCAGGACGAUAAAGACCUGGUGCCAGAGUUCGUGAAUUCAGAAGGCUUGACGUGUUUCAUCAAGGUUGGAACGGAGGCAGACCACAACUACCAGAACUACAUUCUCCGAGCCCUCAGUCAGAUCAUGCUGUUUGUAGAUGGGAUGAACGGUGUGAUCGACCACAAUGACACUGUUCAGUGGCUCUACACUCUCAGUGGCAGUCUGUCUCGUCUGGUGGUGAAGACCGCUCUGAAGCUCCUGAUAGUGUUUGUAGAGUACACAGAGUUGAACAGUCCUCUACUUAUCCAGGCUGUCAACACUGUGGACGGCAAGAGACUCUCUGUAUCUACAGCUGUGAAGCCGUGGUCAUACCUGACAGACAUCCUGGAGGAGAAGAACGGAUCGGACACCGAGCUGUUAAUCUUAACCAUGAACCUCAUCAACAAGACCCUUGCAGCCCUACCGGACCAGGACUCGUUCUAUGACGUGACCGAUUGUCUGGAACAGCAGGGGAUGGAACACAUUAUGCACAAACACAUGAGCAGCAAGGUCACUGAGCCAGACCUGAAACAGCAGUUCACCAUAUACGAGGGCUCUGAGGCACGGGACGGAGAGAUGGAUGCUGCUCCUCACGUUAGGAAGGAGAGGAGGAAGGUGACAGCCAGUGAGCAGGAGGGCAGGAGGAUCAGGAGAUCCUCAGCUCAGAACCUCCCCGACAUCCUCUGUCUCCUCCCCUCCCACCUCCUGUGUCUCUCCCCUUCCACCUCCUCCCCUCCCACCUCCUCCCCUGUCUCCCCUUCCACCUCCUCCCCUCCCACCUCCUCCACUCUCUCCCCUUCCACCUCCUCCCCUUUCUCUCCCUCCUCCUCCACUCUGUCCCCUUCCACCUCCUCCCCUUUCUCUCCCUCCUCCUCCACUCUCUCCCCUUCCACCUCCUCCCCUUUCUCUCCCUCCUCCUCUCGUAGCGCCUCACCCCUCACCCCAACCUCCAGCCCAUCAGGUUCUCAGAGGUCCUCUCCUCUACCGCCCCCCGAGGUGACCAACGGUACUGCAGCCUCCCCAUCUCCCACUGAACAGGAGCCCAAGACUACGUCUAACCUGGGGCGAUCAUUCCUCAGUCACCACAUGUCCGCCUUGGGGAUCAGUAGGAGGUCACGGCUCUUUAACAAGGCUGGUUCCAUCUCUGAGGAACCUGCUCCUUCUGCCUCUCGAGCCGCAAGCAGCCCGUCUCCUACUGACUUGGCUGGCCCUGAGAAGCAACAGCAGCCCCAGAUGGUCCCGGAGCAACACGGGAACAAGACGGAGAGGAACACCUUCAGGGGGGCAGGGGGGGGCAGAGACCGGGGGGCAGAGACCGGGAGGGGGGGACCGGAGAAGCAACAGCAGCCCCAGAUGGUCCCGGAGCAACACGGGAACAAGACGGAGAGGAACACCUUCAGGGGGGACAGAGACGGGGGGGGGGAACAGAGACCGGGGGGGGGGACAGAGACCGGGGGGGGACGACAGAGCCUGGGGGGGGACAGAGACCGGGGGGGACGACAGAGCCUGGGGGGGACAGAGACCGGGGGCAGAGACAGGGGGGGGGGCCCUGAGAAGCAACAGCAGCCCCAGAUGGUCCCGGAGCAACACGGGAACAAGACGGAGAGGAACACCUUCAGGGGGGACAGAGACCGGGAGGGGGCAGAGACCGGGAGGGGGGGACCGGAGAAGCAACAGCAGCCCCAGAUGGUCCCGGAGCAACACGGGAACAAGACGGAGAGGAACACCUUCAGCCCAGAGGACUGUAAUGUUGAUAUGGACAAGCCCGUCCUCAGGAAGUUUCAAGGCACCUUCCUCCGCAACCUGGCCGCCACCCAGUGGGAGAAGACGAGUAGGAGCCAACACGAGAAGCUCCAGGAUAGGCUGUCCCAGGAUGACCCCAUAGCCACGUCCCCCAGGGCAGAGGAGGAGACCUCCUCACCUGCAGACAGCAGCCCCAGUACACCCACUGAAGGUGUCAGUGUCCAACAGAAACACCUCUCCAACGACAAGAAGUCCAUGCUGAACAUGCUCUACGCCAAUAACUCCUCAGGGUCUUCAGGGGACCGGCCGUCAGGCACCAACCCCGACCCCAACCUCGACCCCGAGGAGAGCCUCUCCGGAGAGCCAGAGGACCACAGAGGGCUGGGCAGGGCUGGUAGCAGUGUGAAGGAACGUCUAUCUAGCCUCAAGGCCCAGCAGGCCCAGCCUCUACCCAGCGAGGACAGCAGCUCCAGGAGGGCAGAGCUGCAGGGUCUGGGUGGCAGUGCCCAGGCGGCGCGGGCCAGGCUGGCGGAGGAGCAGCAGCACAGGCGUAUCCGUCCGCAGUACAGCAUCGACGCAGAGACCCACUCCCGAAACCUGGAGAAACAGAUGACCCCACUGGCCAGGGACAGACCGACGGACGCCUGGGACCAGCUCCGACCCAGCUCCAAAGCCCUGAAGAUUAAAGACCUGGACUUCUCCGACCUCAUGGAGGAGGAGGAUAUAGAUGUCCUGGACAUGGACGUCUUCGACGUGGGAGUUGGUCGGCCCGGUGGUGGUGGUGGCAUCCCACCUCCUCCUCCACCUAUUCCUGGACUAGGCUCCGUUCCUCCUCCUCCUCCUCCUCCUCCCGGGGCUCCCUUUAUGAGUAUGCCUCCUCCACCACCUCCCCCACCGGGUGGAGGUCUCUGCUCCCCUCCUCCACCUCCCCCCACCGGGUGGAGGUCUCUGCUCCCCUCCUCCACCACCUCCUCCUGGAGCUCCCCUUCCUCCUCCUCCUCCCAGACUCCAGACCCGGCCUUUGCCAAGAAGAGGAAGACGGUCAAGUUGUUCUGGAAGGAACUCAAACAGUCGGACAGUCCCAGGAAGUGUACAUUCGGACGCGGGACGGUGUGGGCGUCGCUGGAUAAGGUCACCGUGGAUACGGCCAAGCUGGAACACCUGUUUGAGUCCAAGGCCAAGGAGCUACCCAUGGCUCUAAAGAAAGGAUCAGAAGUGAAGAAAGCAGAGAUUCUGGUGUUGGACUCGAAGAGGAGUAACAGCAUCAACAUCGGCAUGACCGUGCUACCAGCUGUCCACGUCAUCAAGACCGCCAUCCUCAACUUUGACGAGUUCGCCAUCAACAAGGAGGGCAUCGAGAAAAUCCUGACGAUGACUCCAUCUGAGGAGGAGAAGCAGAAGAUCCAGGAGGCUCAGCUGGCCAACCCGGACGUCCCCCUGGGCUCAGCAGAACAGUUCCUCCUCACCCUGUCCUCCAUCAGCGGCCUCAGCGCUCGGCUGCAGCUCUGGGCCUUCAAACUCAACUAUGAGACCCUGGAGAAGGAGAUAGCGGAGCCUCUCUUCGACCUGGCCCUAGGCAUGGAGCAGCUCGCCAAAAACAAAACCUUUAAGCGCAUCCUAGCAACGAUUUUGGCCAUUGGAAACUUCCUCAACAGUACCAGUGCUAAAGGUUUUGAGCUGAACUACUUGGAGAAGGUAACUGAGGUGAAGGACACGGUCCACAGACAGUCUCUGCUCCACCACGCCUGUAACCUCCUGGUAGACAACUACACCGACACGUCAGACGUCUACUCCGAGAUCCCCUCCAUCACGCGCUCUGCUAGAGUGGAGUUUGAGCAGCUGUCAGAUAACCUGGUUCAGCUGGAGAGGAAGUGUAAGACAUCGUGGGACAAUCUGAAGGUGAUGUCUAAACACGAGACCAAGGCCCUCCUGAAGAGCAGGUUGACAGAGUUCCUUAAAGACUGUACAGAGAGGAUCAUUAUCCUGAAGGUGGUUCACAGACGCAUCAUCAACAGGUUCCAUUCCUUCCUGCUGUACCUAGGUCAGCCAUCCUACUCUGUUCGGGACACUAAGGUGACCCACUUCUGUAAGAUUAUCAGUGAGUUUUCUCUGGAGUACCGGACCACCAGGGAGAGGGUCCUAACCCAGAAACACAAGCGGGCUACCCACCGCGAACGCACCAAGACCAGGGGAAAGAUGAUCACUGAGACGGAGAAGUUCUCGGUGGUGUCUCCCCAGUCCCAGUACAGCCCCUCCCUUGGCUCCAGGCCGACGGAGCCAGAUCCAGAUCCAGCCCAGGAGGAGCACGACAACAUGAAGAACAUGCUCAACACCUCCAGCGGUACCGACCACCAGGGGAACCAGCGCCGCAACCGAGGCUACCGCAGUCUCGGCCCAGUUAGUCCAUCCCAGAUGUCUGUAGCCAAAGAGGACGGUGCUAGCUCCCAGGAUGACGCUACGGAUGAGAUCAUGGAUCGGCUCGUCAAGUCUGUUACCAGGAGCCCCUCAGAGAGGCCGUCCAGCCCCAAGACACGCAAACGCUCGCGCCUCAACAGGAAGUCGUUGAGGAGGACACUGAAGAGCGGACUAAGUGUUGACGUGGUUCAGGCUCUGGGACUCGGCAACAAGACUGGAGACAAGCUCUGAACACACAGAGAGACCUACAGACUGGAGACAAGCUCUGAACACACAGAGAGAGACCUACACAGACUGGAGACAAGCUCUGAACACACAGAGAGACCUACACCGACUGGAGACAAGCUCUGAACACAGAGAGAGACCUACACAGACUGGAGACCAGCUCUGAACACAAAGAGAGACCUACACAGACUGGAGACCAGCUCUGAACACAAAGAGAGACCUACACAGACUGGAGACCAGCUCUGAACACACAGAGAGACUUACACAGACUGGAGACCAGCUCUGAACACACAGAGAGACCUACACAGACUGGAGACAAGCUCUGAACGCACAGAGAGACCUACACAGACUGGAGACAAGCUCUGAACGCACAGAGAGACCUACACAGACUGGAGACAAGCUCUGAACGCACACACAGCACCACCAGACACACCAGCCAUGAAGAGGAAGGAUGAAGCUCGCUGCGUACCGAGGGUCUGGAUCUUAGAAAGUCCUGACGUGACAGAAAGAAGAGACAGUACAUGUAGGAAGGACAUGCUGGUGCUGACUACAGUAGCCCCCCACAAUGCUUUGGGCUUGUUCCUGUCUCACUACAAAACAACCGUUUAUAUAUUUUACUGGAAAACGUGAGAACUCUUGUUCAUUGGGGUUUUUCCCUCUAAAUGGUCUCUUAACAGAAAACCUGGCUGAAGCAGUGUUUCAGGUGUGGAUUUAAAUAUUCAGAUGUUUUGGUGUCGUAAACGUCCUGAUGUAUCAUAUUGAAUAAAUAUAUAUACAGUGUGAAGGACAUUUAACUGAACAUUAAGGACAGACGUCACUAUAUUUUAAAGGUUAUACUGUGUGUCUGGAGUCAGGGUGGAGGGGGGUGGGUAACAGGAUAUUUUAGUCGGAAGUGGUUGAAUAUAAAUUAUAAUGGAUCCGAUGUUAUUAACUUUAUAAUUAUAGAUAGUCUGUUCUAUACGUUGUUAUAUAGAGGUUAUGUUGAGUCUGGUCUCAGACACACACACCAUGAGAGACGUCUCACACACACACCAAGAGAGACGUCACUACACACACACACACACCAAGAGAGAUGUCUCACACACACACACACACAAGAGAGGCGUCUCAGACACACACACCAAGAGCGAUGUCACACACACACACACCCAAGAGCGAUGUCACACACACACACACCAAGAGAGACGUCUCACACACACAGAGAGAGACGUCUCACACACACACACCAAGAGCGAUGUCACACACACACACCAAGAGAGAUGUCUCACACACACACCAAGAGAGACG